AGAAGAGUUAGUUUGCAAACGAUUCUCUAUCAAAAUGUCACACUAUAUGAGCUAUUUUUCACUGCUGCUCAUUGCAGUCCUGCUGGCGCUGGCAUCUGCUCAAUACUAUACACAAUAUAAUCCCUACUACACACCAAGCCCCACAUUCUCCAGUUUGAACAACUAUUACUAUCAGACGACGCCGUAUCCUUACUAUUACAGCACGUAUACGACACCGAGUUCCUAUUCCAAUACGCAGAUUAGGAUCUGGCCCUAUGUCAUCGGCCAAUAUCUUUAUCCCACGUACUACAAUACCAACUAUUAUAAUCCAUAUGCCACAUUGAGUAAUUCCAAUUGGCAAAGCUACUAUGCGAAUGUUUAUGGCAAGAAGUAGUCCUCAACUCCAACUAAGUGUUUUUCGAUUGUUAAGAUGUUCAGCCAUUGCAAAUAUAAUAUAUUUAUUUUGUUUUUAAAUAAAAACUGUGAAC